GGUUGCAUCAUUCGAGUUACACAAUGCAGUCGAGUGGCAGAGACUGACAGAUAAAGGGGCAAUACGGUUGCCUCGGAGGAUGCGUCCAUCCCUUCGAGAACAAACCAAUCAUCAAUUACGUUUCCCGGUGUGUGUACCAACGAAUGUCUUGGCUGCUUAGGUAGGUACAUAGGUACCUGAUAAUCCCUUGGGGACAAACGCAUAUCCAUUUCCUAUCCUAUUCUCUUUCACCUUCUCAGGGCCAUCCAAGUUCUACACAAUAUCAACUAAGACGAUUUUGGUCAGUCUAUCAGCAGCGCGAAGGUCAUAGCUAGUUCAUUCAUAUCCAGCAAGGCAUCCUAGAAUGUCGCAAUUUGGGUUUCUCCAAGGUUUCUUGGAUUUUUUCUCCCCCAAUUCUAUGAUGGGAUCCGAUGUAACCGCCUGCCAAGCACUUGGUAGCAUCUUCAAUAAUGUGACGAUUUAUCCAACCGACACUAGGUACGACGCACUAGCGACCGAAAACUGGUCACAAACAGCAUGGGGAUCUCCGACUUGUAUCUUUCAACCCACUACUGUGGGAGAGCUUCAAACAGCUCUUCCGAUUCUUGUUGAAGCCAAUUCAAGUUUUGCAGUUCGCUCUGGGGGCCACAUGCCGGUGUCAAAAGCUGCAAAUAUCGACAAAGGUGUAUUAAUUGAUAUGUCGAAGUUCGGAGGAACCCAGUACGAUGCUGAGAAUGCAGUGAUUAACGUCGGGGCAGGGCAAAGAUGGGGCGACGUUUACACUGCACUUGAUCCUUUAGGGGUUACCAUUGCAGGUGGCAGAGUUAUGUCUGCCGGUGUAGGUGGCCUCAUACUUGGUUGUGGUCUCUCAUAUCUCUCCGAUUUGUACGGCCUUGUAUGCGACAACGUGGUCAACUUCGAGGUGGUUCUCGCAGAUGGAUCUGUUGUCAAUGCAAAUGCAGAUUCUAAUUCAGAUUUAUUUUGGGCUUUGAAAGGUGGAAGCAACAAUUUCGGUAUCAUUACGAACUUCAAACUUCGAACGUUUCCUAUCUUUGACGUCUGGGGUGGUACAAAAGGCUACCCCUUUGAGGCUUUGCCAGACGUGCUUGACGCAUUGGCAGAAUUCCAAACAAACCCAGAAAAAGACCCUUACGCCCAAUUCAAUAUGAAUGCCUAUGUUACCAAUACAACUUUCGGUGUUGUUCUAAGUCUAGUAUAUUUGAAGCCAGAUGUAAAACCCGCAGCAUUUGAUCCAUUUUAUCGCAUUGAAAGCUCUUGGGCCACAACCAUGGAUACAACCAGUCUCAGAACGUUGCAUAAUUUAAUGAGCGAAUAUCCUAUCCCAAGCAUUCCACGAGUUGAGUGGACUACAACAAGCUUCGUCCCUAGUUCAUCGAUGUAUAGUGCAAUAAGAAAGAUUUUCGCAAGUUCGUCUUCUGUAAACAAAAUGAAAGAGAUCACUGCUGGAACGGGAAUAUUUACACUCCAAGGUGUAUCUGCGCGAGCUGUUCAUGAAGGUAACCAAAGGGGAGGUAACGCUUUGGGUCUGAAGCCAGUACCCCAAAGUUGGUUUCAUACUGACCUUGGUUGGUGGUUUUCGGACGAUGAUGUGGCAGCACAUGAAGCUAUCCGGUCAUUAACCGACGAAGUUGAAGCAGCAGCGAAGUCUGAAGACAGCUAUCUCCCUUAUCUCUUCAUGAAUGACGCUAGCUUAGACCAACAAGUCAUCAAGCAUUACGGUGAGGAUAAUGUCAAGCGGCUUAGAGAAGUCCAGCAGAAAUAUGACCCAUCAGAGGUUUUUCAGAAACUUGUACCUGGAGGGUUCAAGUUGCCUUAAGCUAAUCAUAAAUAUAAUAGGCGGGUAUGUAGAGUUCAGAUCAACCCUGGUGAAGAAAGAUCUUAGCAUAAAAUAAGUAAAAAAGUCAUUCUAUGUCAAUCACCUGAGAACCCCUUAAAUUUGGUUGGUGCCUAUUAAGACCAUAGGCCUACCUAUAAAACAUGUCAUUAACUUCCUUUAUUGAUGCCCUACAAGACACGCAAUGACC